AACAACUUUUACCAAUAUGCGUGUAGCAAGUGGGAAAGUAAAACGCCGUUGUCUGCCAUGGGACUUGGGGUAUCGACGUCUGUGGAUACAGUCAUAGAUGAAUACAUGUCUUCAGACCUCAGAGACUACAUUCUCCGAACGAAAAACGGCGGAUCGAAUUCAGCUAGGUUCAUUUACAAGGCGUGUAUGUCAUCCUAUCGCCAUACUUCUGCUUUUAUCAAGUCCAAAAUAUUUUCUGCGCUACCGGUAAAGGCGUGGCCGUUUAACGGUAACAUAAAUCCGCUCGAAAUAUGGCGGACAGCUGGUAUCAUGGCGCGAAAAUACGGUGUUCCGGCUCUUUUAAAUGUUGUCGUAGGCAUUGAAAGAGCUACAAAGAAUAACAUGGUGGAAGUUACAUUGCCUCGGCCUUUAUUCUUCAUCGGCGACGAGUCGCGCCCAAACGUAAAACAUAUGUUUAGGAAUGCGAUUCGCGAAGCAGCGACAGAGUUUAACCAUACAACCAUGGUUGCCAACUUGACAGCGCAGAUCAUGGCAGUAUUCAAAGGCAUCGCCAGGGUCAGUGACAAACCAGCGGCUUCGAGAACUUGUCGGGUGAGGAAACUCAAGCACAUAGACUACAGCGUUCGAACGUUUAUCACUGCCGUGUUCAACGGCGACAUCAAUCCGAACACGACCGUGGUCGUCGUGAACUCUGACGUGGUUCUUGGAGGGCUUGUCCGAUUAACGCACAACUUGAGCGUGCAGCAUUUCCUCAACUAUCUCGGCUUCCGGUUACUCGUUCGGCUGGCCGUGCUACUGCCGGGACCCCUGGUGAACCUCAGGCGUCUGUUCAGCGUCGAAUUCACGGGGCGAGUUGUGCGGGAUGACUUGAAGUGGCUCCUUUGUAUGCGUCUUGCAGAGGCUGUGGUACCUGCCUGCCUGGAAAACCUGCAGGCGAAGAUGUUUGCUGAGAGGGGAGCACCUACUCUGGCCAGGUGGUUCUGGCUGCUGCAAAUGGAAGAUUUCUUCUCCAGAAACCUGCGCAUCUGUGCGUGGAUAUCGGAGAAGACUCUCAGCCUUAUGGAAAAGAAGAUGGAACGCUACAAGUUUGUUCACGUUUCUUUCGAUAAAGCCUCGAAAAAUAGCGCUGGUUGUGAAAAUGUGCGGAAAUUGCUGGUUUCGAGAAGGCGACUGAGGAAGUCCCAGCUCGUGCCAGCCAUUCUAGCUACGUGGGAGAUCUAUCAGGAGAUGUACCUGAACCAAACAAGUCAACGACUCUUACCAAGAGAUCCGGGAUUCCUCUUCGAAGUACACCCCAGGUUGGCAGAAUCCCUGCAGACUGUGUACGUUCCCCCUGGUCUCGUCAACGCUUCUGUUCCCGAGAACAGCACGAUGCUUGCCUUCCACCUUUCCCGCGUGGCCACGCGUCUCUUUCGGGCGCUGGUGCCGGUGGCAAGCGCGGAGGGCGGCCAAUGCUCGGUGCCCUCGGCGCUGACGCAGCAGUCGCAGCGAUCCCUUGACCGACUCCGCAAGUGUCUGGCCAAGGACGCGCAGUCGCUGCCUUCGCAGCUCCAGCCCCGAGCUUCGGACGUGUUGUGGGACGGCGAAGGGCGGGAAGGCGACGAAGCCGGGUUCGCCAUACUGGCGCAGACGGCCGCCCUCGGCCUCGCCUUCGCGGCGUUCAAGGAGAUGCUUCGCGUCGAUCUGAUCUGGCGACUGAACUUCCGGUUCGCAUCCCUCGCCAACGUUUCGGCCGACCAGCUGUUUUUCCUGUACUACGCGCUCGACAACUGCGAGCGCAGCGACCGCACGCACCGCGCACACGAGUACGUCGCCUGGCGUCGACUGCCGGCCGAGCAGCGGGUCAACCUGCCCCUCCGCCAGAUGGCGCACUUUGCCGAAGCCUUCGGGUGCGAACCGGGCCGGAGCGCCAUGGCGCCGAUGAACCGCUGCGGAGUGCUGCGGUGGCCUGCGCCCAGACCUGGCCUGUGGAACGACGGUCGACAGGCGCUCAACACCCGCGUGUAGUCAUAGCUGAGUUCGAGACCAGUGGUGACUCGACUGCUUGGUGUAUAAUGCAGUGAUCAUUAAUAUUAUUCAGCUUUAUUAGGAUGAAUAGCUUGUUGGCCCAGGCUGUGAUGAGCACUUUAGAGAACCGCUUUGGAGUCUUCACGUCUGUUUUCUUUUACCAGUACAGCGAAAGCUUGGACACUCACUGCGAUCAAUAAUGCGCAUUUUUCUAUAACUACGGUUGCAAGCAAGACCUGGCUCGAGGUUACAAUAAACC